ACAGAGUAGAAAUUUUGGUUUCGUUAAUAUAAACCAUCUGCUGUUCUUCACGGGCUGUGAAGUUUUGAUUCUCUGUUGCAAAUUAGAAAGUUGUUUGAACGUAACUAAGUCUAUUUUGGAUGAUGGGUUCUUUGAUAUCAAGAACUCUUCUGUAUGUAAACACUCAGUUCUUUGGUUGUUCUUUCUUUCUGCUUUUCUUCCCCUGUUUUUUCUCCUGAUGAAGGCUUGAAUUUCUGUUUGAAUCUGAUAGAAUGGCUUUUGGGUAUGUUUAUCCUGCUUAUGAAUGCUACAAGAUUGUGGAGAGGAGCCCAUUAGAGAUACUCCAGCUUUUGUUUUGGUGCCAUUUUUGGAUCAUAGUUGCUAUGCUUACAGUGUUGGAGAAAGUGGGAGACCCUUUGAUUUCAUGGUUGCCGCUGUACAAUGAAGCAAAGCUGGCAUUCUUCAUAUAUCUUUGGCAUCCUAAAACAAAAGGAGCAGCAAGUAUGUUCGACUUCGUUCUUCGACCAUUCAUAGCGAAACACGAAGCGAAAAUCGAUCAUUACCUGGUCGAACUAAGUACCAAGACAGCAGAUAUCGCAACCUUGUUUUGGCAUAAAACAACAAGUUGCAGCCAAACGACAUUACUCGACUUGCUGCAUAAUGUUUCGUCUCUGCCCACGUCACAGACUCAUCGUCGUAAUCAGAAUCUCAAGGAUGAAACUGAAUUAGCAGCAGCAGAGGCAACAGAACCUGUAUCAACUAUGGAAAAUAGAGUUGCAGAUGAUUCAAAGAAGAAGGUAAGUUUUGAUGAACUAUCAACGAAACCGAAACGUCGAAAACGACGAUUUUCUAGCUUGUUUUGUGCAAAAUGAGUUUGAGACUUCUGUAAUAUUAACUUCUGAAAGAGUAGUCGGAUGCAUUUGUUCUAUUUCAAUGGUCAUCUGCUUCGUAACAGUUAAAUUAUACGAGUUAGAUUAAAU